AUGACGCCGCGGCAGAGGGUAUUUGUGGUCGGGUUGCUGCUCGUCGUGGUUGCGAGCGCCGGAACGAUCCCGCUCACUCCGGCUCACUGGAACGUCCUCUACGAUGGCUACGGCGAGGUGACGUGGAACUCGAACGAGACGGUGUCGUUUGCGCCGCAGAAGAACGACGCUGGGACGAGCGCCGUGCUCGUCCUGUCGCUUGCCAAGGCCCGAGACUUCGACCUCACCAUCAACGCCACCACCGUCCGCCAACUCAAGACCACCCCCGAGAAGUGGGAGGUGUUCUGGGUGAUGUUCAACUACGUCCAGAUCGGGAAUGGGACGUCGAACGACAAGAAGACUAACUCCUUCAUCCUCAAGCCCAACGGGUGCGAGCUGGGCACCGCCUACGGCGACCUGGGCCAAAACUUCACCGCCACCACGUCGACCCCCACCCUCGCCCUCGGCACCCCGUACCAGUACACCAUCACCAAGCGCGGCUAUCACUUGACGGUGGCGAUCGACGGCGUGUCGGUGCUGGACGCCACCUACGACCACACGGGCCUCUACGACCAGGAGGGCGUGAUCGGGCUCUACUGCGAAGACGCCGCCGUGCAGGUCACCAGCGCCGUCCUCACCUCCCACGACCCCGCCGCCAGUGGCAGUGCGGCCAGCGCCCUGUCACGGCCCCUCUGGUAA